AUGAAUUUCCUCUUGUCUUGUUCACGCCAGUUCAUGGACCUGAUUGAGACUUGUGAUAAGCAAGUGUCAGUAGGUGAGCUGCUCAGCUCCUUUAAUGAGCAGAGCGUUUCAGAUUAUCUUGUCGUCUAUCUGCGGCUGGUGACCUCUGGGUACCUGCAGAGAGAGGAAGACUUCUUCCAGCACUUCAUAGAGGGCGGCCGCACCGUUCGAGAGUUUUGCCAACAGGAGGUGGAGCCCAUGUCCAAAGAGAGUGACCACAUUCACAUUAUAGCUCUGGCUCAGGCUUUAAAUGUGUGCAUCCAGGUGGAGUACAUGGAUCGAGGAGAGGGAGGAACAGUCAAUCACCACAUCUUCCCUGAAGACGGAGACCCCAAGAUUUUCCUUCUCUACAGACCGGGCCACUAUGACAUCCUGUACAAUUAACAGAUCUGCAUCUAAUGCUGCUAAGGCCUCAUCUGUUUUUGUGCUGUGGGUUUGACUCCACUCUAAACCUGUGAAAUGUGAACACGAGAGCCCAGCACUCAACAUUGCAAUUUCCUGUCAAAACCCCCUCAAGACUCUUGGAGAAUUUUGGAGAUUUUGUUAUAACAAGCACUGGACAUUGUACAGUUUUCUUUGAAUAACCUGCAUCACUUUUUUGUUUGUUGUAUGUACAGUAUAUGGUUAUUUCAUUUAGUUGUGUGUGUGUGUGUG